AUGUCCCCUGACCCCACGCUAGAGCCUACAGUCCCUGGAGAAGAGCCGGAGGAUGUUGACGAAGGCGAGGAGAGCGAUGAAUAUGAGGUCGAGGACGCAGAAGAAGAGCAAGUUGGCUCGCCCCACCCAGUCGGAGCUGAAGAAGACGAAGAUGAAGGGGAGGAUGGAGAGGAAGGAGGUGUCGCAUCAAGGAGUAAACCAAGUUUGACGGCGCUACUAGUUGGCGAGAAUGGCACAUCAGUCUCAGCUGCGGCUGCUGAUGACGAUGAGGACGCCGAGGACGAUGACGAGUAUUUCGAGGAAGACGAAGACGAGCCUCCCACUUCUGCAGGCGGCUUGAAACGUUAUGCGGAUGAAAUCAGCGAAGGAGACGAAGAAGAGGAGGAAGAGGAGGAUGGCGGUGCUACAAAGAGGGCACGAGUUGGCUGA